UUUUCAAUGUAUAAAAUGGAAUAUUCUUACCUCAAUUCCUCUGCCUACGAGUCCUGUAUGGCUGGGAUGGACACUUCGAGCCUGGCUUCAGCUUAUGCUGACUUCAGUUCCUGCAGCCAAGCCAGUGGCUUUCAAUAUAACCCUAUAAGGACCACUUUUGGGGCCACCUCUGGCUGCCCAUCCCUCACUCCAGGAUCCUGCAGUCUCGGCUCUCUUAGGGACCACCAGAGCAGUCCAUACGCAGCAGUUCCUUACAAACUCUUCACCGACCACGGGGGUUUAAACGAGAAGAGGAAACAGAGGCGGAUCAGAACUACGUUCACCAGCGCCCAGCUCAAGGAACUGGAGAGGGUGUUCGCAGAGACUCAUUAUCCUGAUAUAUACACCCGGGAGGAGCUGGCGCUCAAGAUAGACCUCACCGAGGCGAGAGUGCAGGUCUGGUUCCAGAACCGCCGCGCCAAAUUCCGCAAGCAGGAGAGGGCGGCGGCGGCGGCGGCGGCGGCCGCCAAGAACGGGGCGGCCGGCAAGAAGUCCGACGCCUCCCGCGACGACGAGAGCAAGGAGGCCAAGAGCACCGAUCCCGACAGCACCGGCGGCCCCGGCCCCAACCCCAACCCCGCUCCCAGCUGCGGCGGAGGCGGUGGCGGCGGCCCCAGCCCCGCGGCCGGGCAGGGAGCGGCAGGGCCCGGCGGACCGGGGGGCGAGCCGGGCAAGGGAGCGGCGGGGCCCGGCGGGCUGGCGGCGGCGGGGCCGGGGCAGGGCUGGGCGCCGGGGCCCGGGCCCAUCACCUCUAUCCCCGACUCGUUAGGCGGCCCCUUCGCCAGCGUCCUCUCCUCGCUGCAGCGGCCCGGAGGCACCAAAGGCAGCCUCGUCAAGAGCGGCAUGUUCUGAGCGGCGGCGGCGGCGGCGGCGGCCCCUCCCGCUCAUUAGUGUCCGCCGCCCUCCCGUAGCAAUGACCCGGGG